ACAGUUUCCAUUCGCUGCUCGUGCGGAUCUGUUUGAUUAGUUGGCCAGCAUGUGGACGUUAGUCGGUCUGCUCUUGGGCGCUGUUCACAUUGCCUUUGCCGGGGCUUACUUCUACUUGACCUGGCACCACAAGUACUGGCAGAAGCGGGGCGUGGUCACUGCGGAGCCACUGACCAUUCUGGGCACUUAUCCAGGCAUUCUGGCCGACAAGAGCCGCAGCCUCAUACUCGACGUGCAGGAGGUGUACAACAAGUAUAAGACACAGCACCGAGCUGUGGGCACUUUCCUCACACGACAGCCCCAAUUGCUAGUGCUGGAUCCGGCGCUGGCCCAUGAAGUGCUGGUGGAUAAGUUCAGCAACUUUCGGGACACCAUAACCAGCAGCUAUGUGGGGCACAAUCCCGACGAUAAGUUCGUGCACAUAUCUCCGUUCUUCAGCGCCGGCGAUGACUGGAAGAGAAGGCGCACAGAGAACGGCGGCGGACUCACGCCGAGCAAACUGAAGAUGGCCUUCACGAUCUGGGAGCAGAGUGGCAAGAAACUGCUCGAAUACAUGGAGCGGGCGAGGCACGAGCAAGGCGACAUCAUCGAGACCAGAGAUCUCGCCUAUCGCUUCAUGGCCAACACAAUGGCCGACUUCAUAUGGGGCAUUGACGCGGGCUCCCUGACCAGCGCCGUUGGAGAGAUAAGUCCCUUUCAGAAGACCUCCACGGCCUUUACCAUCACCGCCUUCCAGUCCAUCAUCAGGUUCAACAAGUCCUUGGUGGCCCCUUUCCUGCGCAAGCUGCUGCAGAUGCGUUUCUUCACCAAGGACUCGGAUGAGUUCUAUCUGCAGCUCACUCGGGAUGCCAUUAAGCUGCGCCAGAGUGGCAGUGGCUCCGACCGCACGGACUAUCUGUCUCAUCUCAUGCAGCUGCAGCAGCGGGGCAACUGCAUCGCGGAUUCGGUGGGUUAUGCGCUGUCCGUUCUGCUGGAUGGCUACGAGACCUCCGCCGCCGUUCUCUACCAUUUGCUUUACACGCUGAGCGAGAAUCAUGAAGAGCAGGAAAAAUUACGCACAGAACUCACAGAGGCACUCCAUGCGGAGGAGCACAUCAGCUACGAGAAGUUGAACGCUUUGCCCUAUCUGGAUCAGUGCUUAAAUGAGUCUCUACGCCUCACCUCACCCAUUGGCUUCUUCAUGCGAAUCUGCACAAAGGCCACGCAACUCGAUUUGGGCAAUGGCAAAGUGGCGGAUCUAGAGCCAGGAACUAGUGUCAUGAUUCCCGCCUAUCAAUUCCAUCACGAUGAUGGCUUUUAUACGGAGGCAAGUCGCUUCCAGCCGGAACGCUUUGACAACGGUGCGGCGACUGUGCUGACCAAGCGGGGCUGCUUUCUGCCCUUUGGCGAUGGUCCACGCGUUUGCCUAGGCAUGCGUGUUGGGCAACUGAGCGUUAAAACGGCCAUUCUGCACAUCCUCACACAGUACCAGGUUGAGCAGACCGAAAAGGUGCCCAUGGAUGCAGACAGCGGCUUAGGAAUAUUCCUCAAUGGCGAUGUUCGGCUGAAAUAUACAAAAUGUCUAUAAU